UUAAUUCACUCACAAUCUAUUGUAUAAAAGUCCGAGUCGCUGUCCACUACGGUUUAUUCAUCUCGAGGCACUCAAAAUAUCUACAGGAAUUAUAAACAAAAUGUGCACCGUCUGCUUUUUAUGGUUUAUUGCGUGUUCUCUUUUGAUGACAAAUGCCAGCAUUUUAAAUGACUUACAAGAAGCGCAAAAGUUUAUGGAACAGUUGGACUACGAUUAUUCGGCGGUGGUUGCCGACGCUGCAGCAGCAGCGGCACAACAGAGGCCCGUCUCCGACCUGUUGUGGUACGACUAUGGCGGCGUCGGCAGCGGUGUUAGCGGUAACGUCGGGCGGGGAGAAAACGGCGGCGGUGGAACAAGCGGCUCCAGCUAUUACGGCACCGGAUCUCCGACCUCAGGUGUGGCCACGGCCGCGCUGUUCGGAGCCGACAAGCGGGGCGGCACGACCCAAACGAGCAACGGCGGCAUAUGGUUCGGGCCACGGUUGGGCCGCAGGAAACGUCGCGGCGGAUCGCCGUUUGGUGGAGGCGGCGUCGCGCAGUCAUCAGUGGACGGAAAUGCGAUCGCGCCGGCCGCUUCGUCACUGCUGCAACAAGAUCCGUUGGCCGCGGGUACGACGUCGAUGGCGGCAGGGCAGGCCGCAGUCUCAAAUUUGAUCAACAAUGCUGUGCCGUGGGUGCUCGUACCGAUCAUCGAUAAUUCCUUGUACAAUCAGAUUCAGAUGAAACAGAACGCGAGGAACGGUAGAUCGUCGGAAGAGGACGACGACGACGACGCGGCGUCGCGGUCGCGGCAUACGGCUCGGUCGCCGCCGUACUCGCCGCCGUUCUCGCCGCGUCUCGGCCGACAGGCGAUCAUGACCCGUCCGCAGGUGCCCAGGCUUGGCCGCGAAACGUUGCUGUACCGGCGAGACGCCAGGAACGCGUUGUACCAGCAGUCGAACGCGACGGUGCUCAGGCAACAGCGACAGCAACAGGAGCAACGGCAACAGCUGCAGGCCUCGUCACUGCAAGCGGCCACCGAGUCGGCGGCGGCGCGACGUCAGGCCGUUUAGACGACUUCCGCGGACUUCAUAACGUGCUUAUUUAAACCGAACGACGGGACGAUGACGAAACUCGCGCGUUCUUCGUUAUAAUAUAUGUUAUAUUAUAUAAUAUUAUAUGAUUUAGUGUAGUCGGUAUUUUUCGUAGUCUAAUAAAAACGAUAUAAUGAUAAAA